CCUUGCCUAGUUUUCAAAUUAGUCUAUAAUGGGAAUUGUCUAUUGCUUGAGCAGUUGAGACAAGUCUACACUAAAUGAAGAGUCAAUACAGCCUUGAUGAUUUAUUGCCCGAUACACAUCAGUGGAUACACCCGUCACCCGAGCCAAACGGCUCAUGACACACGUGUUCGACAGGAUAGUUUUUGGCGAGGAAGACUAAAAGUGGAAGACAUGGAGCAAAACACUCGAAUCUCAGGAGAGAACCAACCACACUCUAUUCACGCGAUUUUUCAAGUGCAGCUGUUGUGUUGAAGCUACUAUACGGAUUAGCUACCCAACCUAAGAGGUAAGUAAAUAUACAUAUUACUUAUUAGUCAUUACUAGUUCUAGCUAGUGCAUGCUGCUGUGAAUAGUAUUAAUCGUACUCACACAGACAUGCAGACACAGUGUCAGGAUAGACUAGAUACUAUACUUAAGGUCAUGUUACACGAGGCAGUUUUUUCUUCAACUUGAACGAAUAUAUGAUACUUUUUGUGUGUGUUCGUGGUAUGUACAAUAAUGUACUCAGGUGAAUUAUGUGAAUAUGAUGUUUGUGAUGUUACAUCCACACCAACCACGGUGGGAAUCAAACCCGCGACCUUUGGGAUAAUAGUCAUACAGGCUAGUCAUAGCGAAGAGCGAUGUUAAAAACGUAGUCGCGGAGAAAUUGUGCGCAUGGCGGCAUGGCCCAUGGCCUCAGCCGACAUUUUUUAGAAAGAGUCGGCAGAGUAGAAUGCGGCCAUGCUCAUAUUUCUCUCCGACUGCUUUUUAGCCGAUAACAUUGUUCUGUAUGCGAAAUUGCGUUGCAAGUUGCAGCAACAUGUUACAUGACCUUAAAGUUAUAUGAAUGUAAAUUAAUGUAAAAUGUAUGUCAUUUCAACCUUGAUUGCUCAUGUGUAGAGAGUAAGUGGCUAAGUACCAUUAUCUUAAAACAGCCAGACUGGUUUACUUGGGUGUUGACAAACUUCACAAAAGGUAAGUCUUAUUGAAUAUUGGGAUUGUAACACUUUUACUCACAUCUACACAUGAUGAAGAAGACUAGCGAACUUGAUUGAUUGAAUUAAUUAAAUACCAAUAGCUGAUAUAUUGAAUGUUAUAUUAUAUCUAGGUUAUCGCUUGUGGUCAUCGAUUUGACUUGAUCGCCGUUAUAAAACAUUAGUCAUUACCAUGCCAGCAAAAGAAGAAGAAUUCAUCCCGAGAGCCGCCUUCGCUUCUGCCGUGACCAGCUCACAGUUGUUUGGUGUUGUUGCGAUGAUUAUGACUGGUAUUUGGAUGUCAAAGUAUGAAGACGGCUUUGCCUGGGAUGGCUCGGAUAAACAAUUUAAUUAUCAUCCACUGUUUAUGGUUAUCGGCCUCGUGUUUUUGAACGCCGAAGGUACGUUACAAUAUUAUUAUCUUUCAAAGACCAUACACGUAAUCUGCGGCAACGAAUCGAUAGUGCCAGGUUUUGGGUCAAUUUUGAGUCAAAGACAUAAUGUUAAUGUGCAAUCAUAUUUCCGCAACAGUGCAUGCUCGACCGCAUACUUUAUAGUUGAAGAUAUUUAACACUGUCAUUGCUGAAAGCUAACUAGCAGUUCUCAAUUAAGAUUAAAUCAUCGUCGUUUAUAUUACUUGAAGUACAAAUUAAGCGUCUGGGGCCCCAGUUGCACGAUACUGCAUUCGCAUUCGGAUUCGCUUGUCGCAAUAUUACUAUAUGCCCUUCAGGAGUAAUGGCUGCCCACAAAUUUCCCCUUGAACAGUUUUCGUUUUAUUUUGACACAUUAUCCCAAAUUUUAAGUUUUAAAUUCGAUGUCGUGACAAAGCGAAUCCGGUGUCGUGUAACUGGGGCUUGAAUUGAUUAUGAAUUGAUCGAGAAAGAUUCCAAUUCCUAAUUCAGUUUAAACAUUCGAACAUUCCUUGGUUCCAUGGGUUCCGCAACAUUGCGUUGAGGUAAAUGAUUGCACUUAAUUAAAAUUCAACAGCAAGGAUUGCUUGGCGCCUUAGUUUGCUAUAAACGGAUUUUGUAUGUGUUAUCGCACUACUGUGUCUAUACUAUUACCAAUGUUGAUGAAAUACAAUCCCGUACCCAGAGCCUACGAUAUCCUGCGUGAAAGCUGAGGAAAAAAUUACACGUUUAAUGGUAAUUUAACUACAUCAUAUAUACAUAUUUGCUUUUGUGUAUGCUUGGUAAACAAAUGCUCAAAUAAGCGCUGGAAUUUAGGUCCUUUAUAGUACAACACAGUGCAAUGGCGUACAUUUUGGUUUUCCAGUGUUCCUUCAGUAACACCACGAUAACACAUGUACACAGUCACAGGGUUAGUAAAGGACUUUUUACUGACCACCCCACUCUCAUGAGCUUUUUCUGGCACAGUUCGAAUAGGCGCAACAUUAUUUUUGAGGGUUGUCAGUGUUUAGCAUAGAAAUAAUUAAUAAUAGAUAUCUAUUAGCUAUGGUGUUUAAUCGGGCAUAUUCGACUUAAUCGUGCAAUUUUCUAGGCCAGCUGCCUCCCUCGGUAUCAUGACAAUGUAUUUUGUCAUGAUAGUACUUUGAGAUCAUGCACAAAGGCCUCGGUGACUAAGCAGGCCUUUGUCACAAAGGCCUGCUUAGUCACCGACUGACAGAUCUAAAUUUUUUUCAUUAAAUGUGAGAAGUUUUCGACGUAUCUUAAAAAAUGAAAUUGAAGAAAUACUAUACUAAUGGACGGACUAUAGAUCUGUGUCUUUGAUUUAUCGUUCUUAGAUUGAUUUGGUAUUUUCGCGAGUCUUUAUAUAGGAUGCGUGUUCCUUCCUAUUUGUCUAACCACCACGCACGCCUAUAUCCAUGUGAUUACUGGCGCAUAACACACGCAACCAUACAUGUUAAUUAAAAAAUUCAAUAUUGAAUGCACAACAGUUGCCGGAAACCAAAAAGUAUAAGUAGGGUGUCAAUUUGAAAGCUUGUAGUGUACGUAUUCGUUGAUGAAAAACAAAAUAAACUUGGGGUGUAAAGUAUAUUUUUAUACAAUUUAAGCUGCAUUAUUUUGAGUAAAAUUAAAUAAAGGUUUUUGGUAUACAUGGUUAAUAUGACCACAAUGUCAAUGGGGCUUCGCAUAGCUCCCCGCGGUCACUGUAGACAUAUGCAUCUCGCAUGAAUGAUUCUUUCUUGUUAGUCAUGCAUGCAUGCGCAGCACUCAAGCAUAGAACAUUAUAAAAUUACUUUCACCCGACUUGAGUAUUGUAAGUCAAUAGCCAUUGAGAUACUACCUACAGCAAAAAUUAUUGAGACAACCGCAUAAGUGCCCCCCUCACCCCCAAUUCAAUGUUGUGUGGAUGACUGAAAAGAGAAAAUUCAAACCACUUUUUCCAACAUUGAUCAUGGGGCAGGGGGGAGGCCGACGUACUUUAAAAUGACCAAAAAUGUGAAAAGUCUCAUUAUUUUUGCACGCGAUUGUCUGAGAUGGAGCUGUCUGGGGGUUAGCUGUCCACUAUUUGAAAUUUUGCCAAAAUCUAGCGAUCAAGAUGACAUGAGAUUGACAUAUUUCAAUCAAUUAACCGAAAAUUUUUUGUCCCCAAAAAUGUAGAAAUUCUGCAAAGAGGCUGCGCGAGAGGGGGGACCGGGCAAAAGUAAAGAAGCUUUUCUAACGAAUUUAAUUUUUACUAUGUCAUUUACUUACUAGAAAAAAAUCUUUGGGAAAAUAGACAAGUUGUAGGCUAAACAUGAUUUAUUAAAAUACUUUGCGAUAUAGUAACAACAUAUCCAAUAAGCCAUACAAAUCUAAUGUAGUGUCUUAACUACUCUUACGUCCUUUCAAGCUUAAUUAGCCAUCAUUUCAUCAGGAGGGAAUCAUUAUAUGAGAGUUCCUCAGCCUAGCCAUAUGACGAAAAAUGAGAAAACUUUGUCAUUUAUGCUGCAGUAUGUGCUGUUGUGCUUGUGGGAUGUUCACCAACUAAUCUAAAGUGAUUAGUUCAUGUAAAUUUUAUGCACCUGGCUUCAUUAAGCAAACGCUGACACGUUACACACACGUUACACACACGUUACACUACACGUUACACCUACUUUUACAUAAUAAUCUAUAUAGAAAUAUGACACGUUACACCAAUUGUUUUUAAAAAUAAAUAUAUAUAUUUAUUUUUAAUAACAAUUAGUGUAACCUGUGUAACGUGUCGUAUCUCUAUAUGUUUCAUUACAGAUUAUUAUGUAACGUGUGGUGUAACGUGUGGUGUAACGUGUCUAUAAUCAGUACGUAAAAAUAGAUUGAUAUUUUGGAAAAAAUAGUCUGAAUUUUAUUCCGAUUAUUUUAUCAAUCUUCUUCCAAUGUAUAUAUUCAUCAAUUAAUCGUCCUUUCCUAACAAAAAAUAACUAUAGUUCUCAAGAUCCCUAUAUUCUUUUUACAUGAAGUACUCAGUUAUAGAAAACCGUUAAAAAAUACUAUAUAGCAAAUUUUAAAAGGUUCACUAAGCAAGAAAUCCAAGACAGCGUCUUCCCUGGAGCACUAAGUUGAAUCAACAUGAACGAAUUGCGUUUUAUUCAAAAGUACAAAUAGAGACAAUCAGGAGCAAAAUUUAUUGAGACAACCGCAUAAGUGCCCCCCUCACCCCCAAUUCAAUGUUGUGUGGAUGACUGAAAAGAGAAAAUUCAAACCACUUUUUCCAACAUGGAUUGAUCAUGGGGGCAGGGGGAGGCCAACGCACUUUAAAAUGGCCAAAAUUCUGAAAAGUCUCAUUAUUUUUGCACGCGAUUGUAGUGACACAAUUUCGUCAUAAGUCAAUUAAUGACACAGUUCCUCGUUUCUUCUUCGUUGCCUAAAAUAAGGUGUCAGAGCCACCUUAAGUAUUUAUAAAUAACGUACAUGAAGUUUCCCUGAAAGAUUGAAGUGAAUUGUUGGAACUCAGAGGUUCUGAUGUUGGAACUACUGUAUUUGGAUAGGGUCAUCACGAAGUUAUAGGGAAAGGUUCCGCGUGAUUGGUUGAUUAUAACUACUGAAUAAAACAUAAUAAAACUAUGGAAUAAAUUUUAGAAAGUACGCGUGUCGCAAGCACUGAAGCCAAUCAUGGAAGGCAAUAAGAGACCAUGUUCAUUUAUAUAGUUUUAUAAAUAAGUUUUAAAACUCAUAAUAGUUAUUUUCUCAUUGGUAAGUUCUCGAAGGAUAUAUAGAAUAUACGAAAGCCGGAUAGGGACUUCAGAUUUCAAACUAUAACAGAUUUCAGAAUCCGGAACUUAGAGUGCCAAACUUCAAGAGAUAUGUUCUUGUAUUUCACUGAAGAGUCUUAAAUUUUAGGUUAUUAUUUUUGUUUACUUAUUUUUAAUUUUUCCUAUACCAUACAUAGUUACUUUUACUGUACUAUUACGUAAAUGGCACAAACGGUGUCCGAUACAGGGCAUAACCAGGUAAGAUCAGGAAGACCUAAUAAGUUACGUAACUGUUUGCAAACGUUCUGUACUAUGCUGAUGUUUAUCCUUUCUUUGUCUUUUAAUUGCAGCUAUGAUUUCCUAUCGUGUAUUCCGCUAUGAAACUAAGGUUGUUGUAAAAUCAAUGCAUUUUUGCUUGCAAGUAGCAGCAUUUAUCUUCGCCGUGGUCGGCUUGCUUGCAGUGUUUAGCGUUCGUAAUCACCAGGGGGGAGAAAACAUUACAUCAUUGCAUUCUUGGAUUGGAAUGAUUAUUGUUGUUAUCUUUGGUCUUCAGGUAUGACUGAAACUCGUUAUAUAUUGCUAUCCAGUAUAAACCAGACCGCUCCCACGGAAGAGGGGGGAGGGGCCUAAACUAAGAGUAAGGUUUGCCGUCUUGGGCACUCUCAUCCAAAAAAUUUGUUUUGAAAGACUCAGAAGAGCAUUUUCUGCGUUUGCUGACAGCUAGGACAUUUUGUCAAAGUUGUAUAUUGUACGUUCACUAUACAUGCUCUACUGUACUCUAGAGACUGGACUCUACUGGACUAACACAGUAUUUUCUAGUAUCAUUUAUCCAGUAGUUUAUCAUAUGUCAAUACAAAUCAGUGUUUAAAUACAAGUGUUUCGAAUCUCUUUUACAGUUGUCAUUUGGAUUCAUCGUGUUUGUUUUGCCUGGUGUUCCGGAGAAAACAAAAGAAGUAUAUCUGCGUUUUCACAAAUUUUUUGGUGUUUCCAUUUUUGUUGCUUCAAUCGCUCAAUGUUGUAUUGGAAUAGCACAACACAGCGUCGUCACGAUAAAGUAUGAAAAAUUAUAAUUUAUAUUAUGUUAACGGUGACCCUUGUUUGAAACGGCAACAUUAAUUAACCGUGACCAUUGUUAACUUUGCGAGACUGAAUAAUUAUCCAGGGGCGCCGGAGCCACGGGGAAGCUGCCCCCGUUGCCCCAACAAGAACUACACUUCGAAUCGAACGUCGUGCGUUAUUUACAUGAAUUAUAAUUGAGAAUUGUUUUCAAGCGAUUUAGCUCAAAUUUGACCCUGCCUGGAUUUGGGUAAUUUGACUGGUGUGCUUGAAAAUUGAUAUAUAAGUACAGUAAUACAUUAAUAUGUACAAGUACAGUUGUGGUUGGUUUUCUUCUCAGCCCCGGUUUUACUCCCUCAUCAAAAACUAAACCUUUCAACUUAGUUGUGCUCUGUGGUCAGACAUGUAUUAAAGCCUUCGGCUCGGUCACGUUUGAGCUGCGUCCUUCGUAAUACACCCUUCCGGAAAGUAGGUGACUUUGGCUAUAGAGCCUCGUUUUCGUGUACGUGGACAUUAGGCUAACGUCUCAAUCACAAAAACGAGGCUGUAUUCUUGGGUUUCACUACAGCAUUAUGCAGUGAAUCUGACGGGGGCUCAACCUGAAAUGUAUUGUAAUUUGAUGCUUAUGCUGUUCUCGAGUGAGAAAAUGAUACGAAAUUCCAUGUAUUUGCCAUCAAACACAAGGCCAAUACAUAAAACGAACAAUCGACUCACUCUGAUAACUGUGUUUUGUUUUAGAGUUGACCCCCGUCACUUCUGUGACGUCAUAUGAAACCCAACAAUAGCCAAAGCAAUCUGCUUUCCGGAAGCUUAUAUGCAGCUGAGCACUCACCUGCAAGGAACUAGAUGAUUUGCAUGCAAUCUUGCCUUUACAUUCACCAUUGUGACUGGGCAGGGGCUUUAAAUGUGGAAACUGAACAAUAGACCUUAUGCAUAAUGACGUCACAAGGCGUAAUGCGUGCGGGGAAUUCUGGUAUCACAAUCAAAACAAUCCAACAUGGCCACUGUCGUAGUGUGCUGAUAUAAUCCUAAUUAGGCUGUUUUCCAUUAACGUUCGCUUUGCCCGCCCGGGCGAAGCGUUCAUUGUUUUUGACACCCGUCACGCCCGCGUGAGCAUAUUUUCAAAGCCCGCUGCGCCCGCGCGGGCAAAGCGACUGCAAUGGAAACCGGCUUUUAUAGAGCCGGAAGACAUCAUUGGAAUUUUGGUACGACAUUUGACAAAACCUUCGAGAGGUUCAGAUCAAAUUUUGACUUCCACUGCCGCUACCACCAUCACUAAGACCAUUGCCUACACGCGUAAAAACACUGAGCCCGCUGUUUAACAUGAUUGAACAAUGUUUUGCUGCCACGACGUUGUUCACACUUGUCGUUGUUCACACAUAUUGAACAAUAUUGUUGAGCCUGAAUCGUGUGUAACAAUAUUGUUCAACAUUGUUGACAACUGUGAAUGUUGGCAGCAAAACAUUGUUCAAUCCUGUUUUCAUCAACUAUUGCAACAACCUGAUCGUUUUAAGCCGUGUAAUCAGAUGUGUUUGAUCUAUCCGAUUACUAUGCCAGCGAGUGGUAGUCGGUAGUGGAAGUAAAUCUGAACCUCUCUAGUACAUGGAAGCUGACAGAAUAUACUUACGUUUUUAGUAUUUUUCCUGACAUUUUACCUCGUUUCCUAGAUUGGUUAUAUGUAUUGUUAUAUUAAUAGGGAGACAUUGGGAACCGAAGCGAUGCUUGCAAACUUCCUGGGUUUAGUUCUGAUCGUAUUUUGUUUUUCUGUCCUUGCUGUUGUGAUUCCUGACGAAUUCCGUCGAUUGACUGACAAAGAACGCGCCAUUGUCAUGUUGGAGAGAUACGACUCGGAGUAGAAACUCAAUUCAUUAGUAUUUGUUUUUGCCACAUAGCAAUCUGAUUUGUUUUCACAUUUAAUAUUUGUAGUUUGCUUGCUAUAAGUUACCUAGAGACCUUCAGCAUGCAUUGAUUCAAACUGUAGAGUUAAAAUAACUAUUGUAGUGGUGUAACGAGACCAUUCCAAGAGGGAGGGGACGAAAUUAGUGUCGACGGGGCAAAACUUUUCGGAACAUCUAUUUACAACAUCAACCUACUCAUUGGGGCGGGGGGGGGGGAGGGGUCGCUCGGUACGCCCCUGAUUCUAGUCUACAAUGGUCUACAUAUAUUCUAUUAUAUGACAUAUAUUUUUUAACAGUAGAUUUGGAUAUAUAAUACAUAGUUUUAUACUAAUAAGUUUUACUCCAGUUUAAUACCAGUUGCUCCUUAUUAAUUAUUAACAUGACCAAAAGUAAUGUUAUAACUCAGCCCUACUCGGUCCUACGAUUAUGAACGUCAUGAAUGGCCGACUGGCCUGGCCCAACUUGCAGUUACGAUAUGGUAGUAUAAUACUGAAUUGUUUGAUAGUUUAUUAACUUUUAUGUUCUUUGUAGAUAUUUAUGAAACAUCUGUAACUGUGUGAAAAAUAAAAUCUAAUUUCAUC